CGGAGUUGCCAUGGCCGCGCUGAGGGGCCUGGCGGCGGCGCUCAACACCCUGGCGUCGGCGCUGGAGUCGUACAGGGGUCGGGACCGCCUGAUCCGAACGCUGGGGUACUGCUGCCAAUUGGUUGGCGGGGUCCUGGUGGAACGCUGUCCAGCCAGAUCAGAAGUGGGGACACGCCUGCUGACCCUGUCCUCCCAACUCAGCCACUGUAGGACCGUCCUGCGACUCUUCGAUGAUGUGGCCAUGUUUAUCUACACGAAGCAGUAUGGCCUGGGGGCAGAGGAGGACGACAUCUUUGUCCGCUGCGUGUCGGUCCUCGGCAACCUGGCCGACCAGCUCUACUACCCCUGUGAGCACAUUGCCUGGGCUGCUGAUGCCCAGAUCCUCCGCGUGGACUCUGCCCGGUGGUGGACAUUGAGCACAGCCUUCUGGGGCCUCUCCCUGCUCCUGGGCAUUGCCAGGUCCUUGAGGAUGGUCCUGACGCUGAGGCGGAGGCUGAGGGGCCCCGCGGUGGCCUUCACCAGCCGGCUGCCCCGGAGCAAGAGGAGGGCCAUGGAGGCCCAGGUCCGGUCGGAGGUGCUGACCCUCCUGAGCAACGUGGCCGAUCUGGCCAACGCCGUGCACUGGCUGCCCCCGGGUGUCCUGUGGGCCGGCCGCUUCCCCCCGUGGCUCGUGGGCCUCCUCGGGACCAUCUCCUCCCUCCUCAGCGUGUACCAGGCUGGCCGGGCCGAGGCCACCACCCCGUGACGUGGCCGGGGAGGUGUGGGUGCAGCCGGAACCCCACCGGAGCGCCCCUUCCCACAAAGCAGAAAUCACUCGGGCGGGGGCUGGGUCUGUAAUUGAGCGACUCAAUGCCAGGUGUAGGGACGCGUAAUCCAGAGAACGCCCGGGGCCGCCUCGGGCACGGGCCCUCGGUGGGCCAGGAUGUGGGCAGGGGUGCGGCCCCCCGGGGGCCGAGGGCCAGGGCCUUUCCAACUAGGCCGGGGCUCCGUGGGGGGGCUCCUCUCAGGGCCAGAGUAGGGGUCGCCGGGCCUCACGUGCAGAGAAGGCUGCAUUCCGGUAAAGGCGAGCGGGGGAGCCAGGACGGCGUGCGCCACGCGGGCCUCAGGAAAGUCGAGAUGGUGAUCGAUUAAAUAGGGUGUUGGUGCCGGGCCCAGUGUGAGAGCUUAUUUCUAAAUCACUGGCCCCCAGCCCCUCCCACCUGCAGGCCUCCCGGUCACACGCCCUGUUCCUUCCCGGCGGCCCCGUGCAUUUUGAGGGGGGGUGCAGGUGCUGCCUGGGAACCACACCUCCCCAGCCCGCCUUCUGGAACGUGCUGGCCCUGAGCAGCCUUCAGCCAAGGCGAGCAGCUCUCCGCGCCUCCGUCUCGGGCACAGGGGCCACGUCUGUGUCUUGUCCCCCCGGGCAGCUCCAGGGUGCUUACUGUGGCCGAAGCCUUUCACGCUCCGCCACAGCUUGGGCCUGGGGCUGGUCUGAGUGUCUUACGGGCUCCAGGCUGCGCUCGUCUCCCACGUCAUGGGGAUCAUGGCGGGAUGGGAUGUCUCAGGCUGCCCCGUGAGAGGUGCCUGCAGAUGGUGGCCAGCCCACGUCUGCCCGUCGUGACGUGGCCUCGGAUCCCCCACCUCUGGGUCCUAGCCAGAAAGUGGAGGGCAUCAGGCUGUCCCUUACGUCCCGCAAGCACCGGAAAGAGCCAACAAAAACGGCAGUUUGCAGCCCCCGAGGCUUCAUGUGACACCCCCCCGCCUCUUGUCCCACAGGGAAGCUAUGUCGUGGGAAAAGCUGGGAUGCGGGGCCCCUCAGGGUUAACACGGGGUGCAGAAGACCCCCCACCUGGCCCUGGCUGGAGCACCCUGCCCCA